AUGAGCCCAAGCUACGGUGACACCACCGACAAGCUUGGUCUGCUCCGCAGACCAGAGAGUCCCGAUUUCAACAAAGUGAGCGACCGCUCCACGGUUGAGUGGAAGACCAACGAUUUGAAGGCUAUUGGUGUUAUCGCUGGAGACGUGAGUCUCACGUACCAAGUCUACAUCCGUGAAGCGCUGACCGCUGCUGAGACGUGGAUGUUACUCAAAGAGCACUCCAACAAGAAGGCACUCAAGAACUGGCUCCUCGUCACCAAGAAAUUACACAGCUUCAUGAUCAAGCCCAGUACAAUGUUCGCUGUCCAUGUGGACAAUCUGGCUGACGAGUUCCGUAUGUCGUCGACAUUGAUGGAAAACACGCCUAACGUGACGCUCCCCUACGCGAUCCAAACACUCGCUGGUGAUGAAACCACGAACAGCACAGAACCUACGAAAUUUAUUGAGUUCAUCACCGGUACGCUUCGCUACAAGAACAUGCACGUUACAAGCCCUGACAGUCCAGAUGACAAAACCUGUAAUUCUACAUAA